AUGGCGCUUUGCCUGGGGACGGGUCACGAGCCAACUGAAAGCAUAUGGGUCAGGAUUAAAGGGCAGACCAAUGUGGAUCACAUCAUGGUGGGUAUCAUCUACACACCACCUGAUCAGGAAGAAGCAGUAGAUGAUGCCUUCUUCAGACAAUUGAAAGCAGCUUCACAGUCACAGGCUCUGAUCCUCAUGGGGAAUUUUAGCCACUCUGGAGACUCUGCAGUUACCUUGACCUUUCAAAGAUCAGCUAAGCUAUUGAUGAGUGCUGGCAGCAGUGAGGAAAAUAUAGACGAUAUUUUUGAUGAAAUCUGUAAUGACAACAGCUUCGUCAAAACACCUCUGAAAUCGAAGUAUAACUCUGCAGAUAUCGCACCUCACAGCAAUAGUCCUUUUAUGCAGGCUUAUGGGAAAAGGUGCUCUCCGGUGUAUCUGGGUGGAAGCUCUUCAGCAUAUGGUAUAGGAACAAAUAUUUCAAAGAGAACAUGUGAUCAGCUACGGUGUACUGCUUGUGACUUCCGUGUGUCACUUUACAAUGGCUACAUGUGGGAUCAGUCCUGUGAUUAUCUUUUUUUCAGGAAUAACAUGCCUGAAUUCAGUAAACUAAGAGCAAAGAUGAUAAAGAAGAAAGGAUCACGGGCGUAUGCUUGUCAGUGCAGCUGGAGAUCCAUUGAUGAAUUGACUGACCUCCAAACAGACCAGCAGCUUCGAUGGGUUUGUGGUAAACAUGCAGAAUGAAGUCCUCUUGUGUGUUGUAGCUACUUUUAUGUCAAAACAGGUCACAAGCUCAGUUUGUUUCCCACACAGUUUUCUGAGAAUGGAUGAGAGCCUGAAUACUUAAAUACAGAAAUAGAUUAUAACAUGCAGAGUUCAAACUGAAAACUUUUUUUCACUUUAAUUGUCUUGCAAACCAUAUAGGGAGUUGAAUUGUUAGAAGAAGCAACCGAUUUGGAGGCUUUCUAGAGAGUAAAUGGGCUUAAAGCUCACAUUCUGUGGUGUUAAGGAAAGGAAGAGGAAGUUAAUGGACUUAUGGGGCAAAGAGUUGAAGAAUAUCAGCACUUUGGCUGUGUUCCUCAUAUCCAGCAGAGAGCCUUGUUUCCCACAUCUGCAAAAUCUGGGACUCCAGACAAAAUGAUGGGCUGAGAUGCAGCCACAACACAAGCACAUGAAUUUCUAUAUAGAAAUUAAUAUUAAUGUUCCACUUUUCCCAUAGCUGUCAACAGACAUAGAUCUCCUAAAAGAUUGCUGCAAGAUCAGCUCUCACUGCAAAGAUUUAGGCACACCCGAAAACUUUACUUUUUGUUGCCCACCAGUAGCCAAGAACUGCAGGUGCUGGAAAUUUCCUUCCUAGUUCCUACUGCCUUCUAUGUGUUUCUUUCUUGAAAACUUUUUCUACCAAGCAAGGACUUUCUGUUAAAGUUGACUGGACCUUUGUCACAGGCAAAUUCUGGGCUUCUCUUCAGCCUUCACUGCAAGAGGUGAACAGGUUAUUGAACAAUACUGUGCACUUUAAAAAAUAUUCUGAGGAGUAUAUGGUUCUGUUCCACCAAUAUUUUCAAGAAAAAAAAACCUCAGACUUUAAGAAUGAGAAAAAUAUAUCCUCACUGACUUUCAUAUUUGGAAUUUUUUUCAAUUUACAUAACUUCACUUCAAAAUACUGCAUAUUCAGAAAGGAUAGCUGUCCUGUUUCAACACAUACUCCUUCCCCAGUAAUGUCAUAAAACUACUUCCAGUAUCAUAUUACUUGGUGAAUCACUUUGGUUACUAGCUUCUUCCUUUCCACUAAUUACUUAUAAAUAAGACAGGAGUUGGUUUUGUAUUUUUCAGGGAAAAGGAAGGGGUUACCAGUCCUGGAAGUUGUUACAUUGAAAAAUGUCCCAAGUUCCAAAGAGAGACAAUGGGAACAUUUCAAAAUGAGAUGUUACUUAAAAAAAAAAAAAAAAAAGGAAUAAGGAACCUGUUAGUAUUUUUGCUGUGUAGUAUAUGAUACUGUA